AUGGGAAGACAGACUGCGAAUGCGUCCGGUCCGAUCACGAUAGUCCCUACAUCUUUCAUCCUAUUUGUAUACAGUGUGUUUUGUGCGGCGGUCGCGGUGCUGUGUUGGUCGUCGGCGUCGGGGCACCUGAGAAGGGCCGUAGAUGAAGCAUCGCCGGAGCUAAGGGGCAAGCCAGUGGUAACGGCGUUCUCUGGCCCAACUCAGGCGACAGCCAUCCAAAGACCACAAAUUCCAGGAAGAAUCUUCAAUUCGUCAUGA